AUGGGGGCUUUACCAAAUCAAAACAAAUCAACUACUUUUCUUGGAAUUUCAAAGAAUACCAUCAAAAAGUGUGUUGUUAUGUUUUUAAUUGCCAAUCUUGGAUAUGGAUUACAACUUUCCUAUUCAACACCGGUUGCAUUAUCACAAACCUAUUUUAAGGAAUUAAAAAUAUCAGAGGAACAAUAUGGACUCUUAUUUUCAGUAUAUUCACUCCCAAAUCUGAUAAUGAUUAUUGUGGGUGGAAUUCUAAUCGAUAUUUUGGGAACCGAUAUCAUCAGUAUUAUUUUUUGUGGAAUCGCAGCAUUCUCAUCGAUUUUCACAGUGCUUUCGAUGCCACAUUUUAAUUUGAUGAUGGUCGGUCGUUUCCUUCUUGGUAUGGGUGGUGAAACUCUUUUGGCAUGCGCAACAACAAUGAUUCCAUUGUUUUAUUCACCAAGAGAAGUUCCAAUUUGUAUGGGUUUCUUGGCAUGUUGGUUCUAUUGGGGAAAUUUAACAGCUAUGUUAGCAUUACCAACCAUCAAUUCCAUCUGGGGAUUCAGACCAGCUUUAUGGUUAGUGGCUGCUGUCUUCAUCCUGGAAUUUAUAUUGAAUUUAGUUUUAUGUAAAUUUAGAGAGAGAUUAAAAUGGUCAGAUCAAAUUGAUAGAAGUGCAAGUGCAGUUUCAUUAAAACAUAUAAAUAGUGAGGUUUCGAUGAUGAGUGAAGAUAGAGAUUUACAAGAUCCAGAUAAUGAAAGUCCAACCAUUUCAUUGAAUGGAGAACAACAUGUUCAGGGUGCAAUCCAAUCGAAAUGGGAGAUUUUCGUGUACAAACUUUCCGAGGUUAAAGAUAUGUCUAAACGUUUAUCAAAGAGAUUCUGGUUAUUGGCACUGAUAUGUUUCAUUUCUUUCUACACCAUGUUUGGUUUGGCUAUCAUCGGUACCGAUGUGUUGGAGCACAAAUUUGGUUACGACGAAUCGAAAGCAGCACUCAUCAUGGCAUCGGAAGCUAUGGUCAAUGGAAUCUUACCAAUGUUUACCGGAAUGUUUAUUCAACGUGUUCGUGGCAGAAAGAUCCAGUUGAUGAUUUUAGCUUGUAUCCUGCUUGGCUUGGGAACUUUCUUUUUGAAUGUAACCGAAUACUUGGAUAUGAAAGCACCACUCAACGAAUCACUUGACUCACCAUACUCCACCGCUGGCAUGGACAAUCCACCCGAGCAAAUCGUUGAGAAAGAGGAAAACCUUGGUACUAUUCAAGAUGAAGAGGUUGCAGAUCAACAUCAACCAAAUAUCAACAAUAUCGGUGAUGAGGAAUAUGAACCAAUUAAUUCAGUAAUUAUAUCUUAA